AGAAAUCCCUCUCCGUUACAUAUCUUAUAUUUCGGAGCUGGCCAGACCUCGUCAGGUCCAGAUAGUUUGACGCUAUACACUGGGUGGUUGCUGUUUCUUCUUCUUCGAACACUGGGUGUCCUUUCCUCUCUGAUUGUUACCCGCCCUUCUUUUCCUUUCUCAAAAAGCGACAGAAAGCCAAUAUGAGAUCACUCCUCUUUGUCUUUGUCCUCAUAGCAGCUGUCGAAUCAUUUUCAAGUCAAAGACUUGCACCUCGUCAAGCUCCCCAGACGCCGCCGACACAGCCCCCUCCUGGACCACCAACCCAGGCCACACUGCCUGCUCCUAAAUUGGAGGCAGCAUCAAAUACUCUUCCACCUCCUGGCACCAAGGGAAUUGGCGCGGUUGUCGUUGAGGCUGUUCCCGGCGGUGGAGCCGGAACAGCCGGCGGUGGUGGGAAAGACAGAGGUGAUGGUGGGAUUUUGAAGGUUGAAGGCGGUGGUGGUGUUGGUGGUGCUGGUGGUGCGGGAUUAGGAGGUGGUGGUGCUAGUGCUGGUGGUGCGGGAGGAGGAGGAGGUGGUGCUAGUGCUGGUGGUGCGGGAGGAGGAGGUAGUGGUGGUGGUGCGGCUCCCGGAGAUAUCAACCUUACGAUCCUGAACUUCGCACUGACGCUUGAGAACCUUGAGGCCCAGUUUUAUCAAGAUGCAUUGGCGAUCUUUCCCGUCCAAGCGAUGCAGAAAGCCGGCCUAAGUCUCUUCCAAGCAACAGCCAUCACCCAACAAAUGCAGCGCCAAUUAGCUGACGAACAAUCGCAUGUUCAAGUGCUUCAAGCGGCCAUCCAAGCUGCGGGCGGGACGCCAUUCUCGGGAUGUCAAUUCAACUUCCGCUCGAUCCUGACCGACCCGAUCACCUUUCUAGCCUCAGCACGCUCGAUAGAAGCCGCCGGAGUGAGUGCUUACAUGGGUGCCGCUUCCAUGAUUUCCCAGAACGCCGUACUCUCUGCCGCAGUCACUAUCCUCCCCGUCGAAGCCCGUCACUCUACCCUCCUCAACACGUUCUCCGGCGGGAGCGCUUCCCCUCAGUCCUUCGACCUCCCCCUCUCUCCUCCUCAGGUCUUGGCUAUCGUUGGUGGCUUGCUGCAAAACUGUCAAGCUUCUGAUCUCGGACUCACUGCCAAUCAACCCCUGAGUAUUAUUGACGGUGUAACACAGAGUACACUGUUUACGGCCGGAUCAAUUCUUCAAUUCCAGACAUCAGCUCAGGUGCAAAACUUGGAAGCCAGAACGCUCUCAUGUCAGAUGCUAGUUGGGGGCAUGAACACUGCGCUAGUCAUGCCUGCCUCGUCCUGCAUCAUCCCGUCCCAAACGUCCAAUGGCCCGUUGAAUGGACUCGUGGCCGUUUAUCUUACCUCGAACGCCCAGCCCUUGACCUCCUCGUUGAAAGGCCAACCACAGAACGUGGUCGCUGGACCGGCGUUGAUCUUUGUUGACUCCAACCAACAGGAAGUCUUGUCGCAGGUGUUCAUCGUCAAAGGGCUGAAUCUGAAGAAUCUCCCGACUGCCAACCUAGCCUCGGCAGCGCUGACCCCACAAGGCUCGACGACGCCAAGUGUGAAUCUGGACGACAACCCUGGUAUUGGGGGCACGUCGGCAUCGGCCCGGAACGUAGAAACCAACAAGAAGACCACCGCCCGUAACAGCACAACCGCUGCUGGCUCGCCCCGUAAGCUCGUCCAAACCGACUCUGCCGAGCCCGCCGAACCCUCCAAGAGCGGUCUCAAUCAGGCCUUGCUUGAUGUCUCCUGGUCGGCUAUCCCCAAGGGCGUCGUCCAAAACCCUUCGCAGCCUUCAUGACCCCGAGCUUGAAACUCCUUCUUUCUUUCCCGAAAUCUUAGACCUUAUGUGUCUCUCCUUCUCUCCUUCCCCCUCUCUCUUUCUCUCUCUUCUCUUCCCUUCCUAUCUUAUCCUUUCGAAGAAAUAUACCCACACAUCCUUUCUUUGAGGGAGCAUGUUAUAAAUGAGCAAGCU